GCCGGCGGAAGCCGAGGGUGGCGGAGCCGGAUGCGACGUGGGCGGCGGAGCGGAGCGGGCCGGGCUGUGCCGAGCCGAGCCGAGCCGUGCCCGGGCGGGCCGAGCCGUGCCGAGCCGUGCCAUGGAGGCUCUCUACCACCAGACCAACAAACAAGUCCACGAAGUCCAAUCUUACAUGGGACGUCUGGAAACUUCAGACAAACAGUCAGUACACUUAGUAGAAAAUGAGAUUCAAGCAAGAAUAGACAAUAUAUUCAGCAACUUGGAACGUCUGGAAAUCUUGUCCAGUAAAGAACCUCCCAAUAAGCGACAAAAUGCUAAACUCCGAGUUGACCAGCUGAAGUACGAUGUUCAGCAUCUGCAGACAGCUCUGAGGAACUUUCAACAUCGCCGUUACAUCCGGGAGCAGCAGGAACGACAGCGAGAAGAGUUACUAGCACGUACAUUCACUACUAAUGACUCUGACACCACCAUACCGAUCGACGAAACAUUACAGUUUAAUGAAUCCCUGCAGAAUGCCCAUCGUGGCAUGGAUGAUCUUAUUGGCAGUGGGACCAACAUCCUUCAGGGGCUGAGGGACCAGAGAGUGACAUUAAAGGGUACUCACAAGAAGAUCCUGGAUGUUGCCAACAUGUUGGGCUUAUCCAAUACUGUAAUGCGGCUGAUUGAGAAGCGAGCCUUUCAAGAUAAAUACUUUAUGAUUGGGGGAAUGAUUUUGACUUGUGUAAUUAUGUUUCUCGUCGUGCAGUAUCUGACAUGAGCUACUAAUGCUAUUGACAGAGGAUAUCGUCUUUUGGAGCAAGAUGGACUGUCCUCCAAAAUGUACUUUCCUCUGAGUGCUGCUUUGGAUGAGCCCCUCCUGCGAACUUCAGAGUUUACAAGUCACACUCAGACACGUCAUGUGGAAAGCACAUAGGGGAACAAAUUUUUUGGGGACACUGUAGUUUAAAAUGACCCUAUAAAAAUAUCCUUAGCCAUUACUACUCUCAUCUUAUUGUCAGUAAGUUUAAGAAUCUUAAGUAGGAGGCAGAAGUGCAAUUUUUGCCGAGCUGUUAGCAAGUCAGGAGUGUUGGGUAGAUAGGGGAGAACAGGAUACAAAGGCAGAACAUAAGAUGAAGUGAGCCUUUCCUGUGAUAGCUAGAAAUGACCCUGGUGAGUGUAUUUCCUUUUGAAAAAAUGCCACUAUGGAGAAUUCUGCAGUGUCUGUGGGCACGCUCCUACAGAUUGUGCAAAAAGAGGAAGUGAAGGGUUCCCAUUUGCAAAUGUACUCUUCUGCUUGGAGGGAGAAGGACUUGUGGGGAAGGGUCUUAACUCUAAAAGCAUGGUCAUAACCUCUGCUACUUUUUUGUAUACUCAUACGGUUUUACCCAGCAAUCUUCAGUUUAGACUGAAAUGCUUCUCAUCUUAUCUGAAAUAAGUUUUGGUAUCUUUUUAUGUCCUGCUGCUUCCCAGUGGAAGCUGAAUGCUGUACUCCUCCCUGCUUCCAGUCAGGUGUAGAUUAGUGAGUGCAGAUCAGAGAUCACUGCACCCAAUACCAAAUUCAACCUCCAAAAAAUUGGGAGCAUUUUUGGUGCUAGUGCACAUCGUGUUAUAGUGAAUUGUAUUCAUUAUCUGAGGUGGUUGGUUGGGGUUUUCUGAUCCAUAGCUGGUAUUUUUGAAUUCAGUGAAGCAGGCACGUUCUUGCGGUGUUCAAACUGAAACUCGUGAUAUUUGUGUUUAUAGAGCUGGAAUGGGCUCUUUUUUUUUUUUUUUUUUUUUUUUUUCAAAUUCAAAAAUAGCAGUGUGAUCAUCAGAAGAGGAAGAGUUCCCUUAACUUAGUGCCUUGGGAUGGUAAACAUGUCCCUUGUCCUUGAGAAGGGUAUUUGCAUUAUUCUCUCUACCUGUGAAUUUACUGUGAAGGACAGUCUCAUACAAAUCAUCUCACAGAGAUGAUAGCUUAGAUUUUAUAUCUUCUUCGCUGUAGAUAUUUAUCCACAUUUAAACAUACACAGUUAAGAAAUGCCUCCUAUGGUACACAUUUCCCUUAAGAAAUGCCUCCUAUGGUACACAUUUCCCUGAAGAUUGUGGGAAUUCUGUUGGAAUGGCCAUCAUGAAGUUUCAAACAGCCUUCCAUUUCAAACAUUAUCCAUUUCAGUCAGCCUUCAUAUACAUUCUCAUUUUGUGUAGAAGUCAGGAGCAUUUCCAAAUAUCUGACAGUGUCAUGUUCAGAUAAUGUGGCAUUCUGUUGGGUGUUUGUUUUUUUUCUUUUUUUUUUUUUUCUCUCUGGAAUGGUUAUGGGUCUUUUAAUUAGUAACAGUUUACAAAUUCUGCAUUUCUUUGCUCCAAUAUGUUUUGUUUUUAUAACUACAUAGCUUGUUGCAGACUUUUUUUUUCAGUUACUAAUACCAUUUCUUCAAUUUCAGCUAAUAUGGGCAAUUUAAACAGGCUUCAGCAGUGCUUGUUUACAUUUUCAUGUUUAAAGUAUUGACUGAUCCAUGUGAUGUGGCAUAACUUUAAAGCCCAGAAUGAGACUCCCCAGUUUGAUCAGCUGUCACUGUACAGUCAGCUUUGUAUUUGGAAUCCAGGGCAAGUAAAAUGUCAGUAGUCAGAGCACUAGCUGCUGCCCUGCAGACACAACAGUGGAAGAGGCCAAGAUGCUGUCAGUGCCUAGACAAUCCUGUCAGGGGGUUCAGCAGGAGAAAGUGGAAAAGUGUCAGUGGUUGUUGAAUAUCCUAUGUGCUGCACACCUUCCAGCUGGCUGUUUUGUUCUUAAUGUGUUUGAUGUUUCCCAGGUAUUUAAAGCUCUUUGUUUUCCUCAAUCUGCUGCACUUUCUCAAGAAAACAUGUUAGCAGACCAUGUGCAGAAUCACUUUGCAUGUCAGCCACAAGGACUAAGGAAUCAGAAAGUUUGUUAUGAGAGAUCAUAUGUCUUACUGUAUCUUUAAUCUAAAUUUACCUUGAAUUUAUUUUAAAUCUGAAAUUUAUCAUGAUAAAUUUUAGCACAGAAUGCACUUGUUAAAACACUUUCUAUUAGAUCAGUUAGGCAUCUUGUGAGGAUCCCUGGCAAAUCUUCUGUCCUGAUCCAACUCUACCUUGAUUUUACAACUUUAUUGUUUAAAGUUUAUGUAGUUGUGACUUGGUGUAGCAGGAAUCGUCUUAUACCAAGGUAAGGACGCUAGUCAGUCUGUUUUCUUCUUUUCAGCUUGUGGUAUGAGCCAUAAAAUAAAAUUAAUGGAACUGGAUUUUCUCUGUUUUGGGACUAGACUAACAUUUUUAUUUACGUUUCUCUGUCCACUUAUUUUUGUCCUUUUAGAGUCUUCCUUGUGUAGGCUAAUUUCCCUGUUGUAUGCAAUGUCCUUGCUAUUCAUUAUCUGGAGUUGGGAUGUGGGCUCGAAGGGAAGCACUUAGAUGACUGGAUUUGAUGAUGUGUAACUUCAAACAAAUUUGUACUAGAUAUUAAGUCCAAAAUGACUUACAAGAGCACCUGUGUCAUUUCAGAUGGCUAAUGUAAAACCCUCAAAACUUCUGUCAUUAGUGUGGCACAGUAAAAGUACAGGUAGGAUCAACUGAUCAACGUCCCUGCUACCAUGGAAUGACAGAGCUGAAACCCUGGUGGCUUGUCACAUGUUGCUGCUGCAGCUGCUGUCUCUGAAGUUUUCUUUCUUAAGACUGCUUCUUUCAGUGGAGCUGUUCGCCUGUGAACUUCUGUGGAACAGCAAGUGUUCCAGCUGUCGAAUGGAGUGCUCUCAUGAGAGGGCGCUGUGGAAACUAACUAGUCUCUGGAAAAAAAAAACAACACACUUUUAACCAGUAUUUUAUACAUAAGGGGACAAGGGUGGGACAUGAUGUGAUUCAUCUGUUGUGUUAUGUAAAUAAAGAUUUUUUCAACCAGAA